UAUAAGUACCAAGUAGCUCGUCUGACUCUGAGGCUUGUAGCAUUUGGCUCAGAGUGUACUGGAGGGGAAGAGGAAGAGGACGAGAGAGAAGCAAAGAUCUCUUCCUCCAGUACCUCUAGACAAGAGAGAGAAAGAGGAGGGCCGGAGACUCAGAUCCCUUAACGUAGAGAGAGAAACACUGGCCAGACUGAACCCUGUUUACAGUGGCUCUGUCAAAGAGUGAGAAAGAGGAGAUUGAGACGUACGAGCCCUGUUUAGGGUGACUUUGUCAAGCGCAAAAGGAGAGAGGAAAUUCAGAAGUAAGAAGUCUUCUUACAAUAGCUCUGGGGUAUAGAAAGAGAGAGGAGUGAACUCAGAAGCCAGAACUCACGUUAGAGAAAGAAAGUUUUGGGAAUGGCGCUUCGCCUUCUUCUCCUCUGUUUUCUGGCAAUUUCGUUGGCCACAAGCGAAGCCUCACACGAUUAUGGAGACGCCCUCAAAAAAUGUAUAACGUUCUUUGAAGGCCAACGCUCAGGAAAACUUCCCUCUAACCAGCGUUUAACCUGGCGGCGCGACUCCGCCCUAAAAGACGGCUCCGCCGCUCAUGUGGACUUAACAGGCGGCUACUAUGACGCCGGCGACAAUGUGAAGUUUGGCUUUCCGAUGGCUUUCACGGCAACAUUACUGUCCUGGAGUGUUAUCGAUUUCGGCAAAUCAAUGGGCUCGGAGCUGGAACACGCACUCUCAGCGGUCCGUUGGGCCACGGACUAUCUCCUGAAGGCCUCGGCAACGCCAGGAGUCUUGUACGUUCAGGUAGGGGAUGCAUUUUCCGAUCACAACUGUUGGGAACGGCCCGAAGACAUGGACACUCUGCGCACGGUCUAUAAGGUGGACAAGGACCACCCAGGGUCUGACGUAGCAGGCGAGACAGCCGCUGCCCUCGCCGCCGCCUCUAUCGUUUUCCGGGAGCGCGACCCCGCCUACGCUCGCCUGCUUCUCGACCGAGCGAUGAGUGUGUUCGAGUUUGCGGACAAACACCGGGGGGCUUACAGCAAGAGCCUCAAUUCAGCCGUUUGCCCUUUCUACUGCGAUUUCAACGGUUACCAGGACGAAUUGUUGUGGGCAGCGGCAUGGCUCCACAAGGCCUCGAAGCAGCGGGCUUACAGAGAAUACAUAAAGACAAACGAGAAGGUCUUGGGUGCGGACGACACCAUCAACGAGUUCGGUUGGGAUAACAAGCACGCCGGUAUCAACGUCCUCAUUUCCAAGGAAGUUAUGAUAGGGAAGGCAUACUAUUUGGAGUCUUUCAAGUUGAACGCGGACACUUUUAUUUGUUCUUUGUUGCCGGGCUCAUCUCAUCGUCAGAUUGAUUAUUCACCUGGAGGGUUGAUUUUUAAGACGGGCGGAAGCAAUAUGCAACAUGUAACGGCGCUUUCGUUUCUGUUGCUUGCGUACUCCAAUUAUAUGAGCCAUUCCAACCAGCACGUGCCUUGUGGUGGGGAUGUAACAGCUACCCCCGCUCGACUCAAGCAAAUUGCCAAGCGCCAGGUGGACUACAUACUGGGGGAUAAUCCGAUGCGUAUGUCGUACAUGGUGGGAUACGGCGAGCGUUUUCCACGGCGUAUACACCACAGGGCCAGCUCGCUUCCCUCCCUCACCUCGCACCCGGCUCGUAUUGGCUGCAAGGCCGGCACCCGCUACUACCUCGCGCCGGGACCCAACCCCAACUUGCUGGUGGGCGCGGUGGUUGGUGGGCCCAACCGCACCGACUCGUUCCCGGACUCGAGGCAGAUCUUUCAAUUGUCCGAACCCACCACCUAUAUUAACGCGCCCCUAGUUGGCCUCCUCGCCUACUUUUGGGCCCACCCCUGAUCGCAUCCUUCGACGCUUUGACUUUCGCUCUCUCUCACUCGUUAUUCUCUCUUUUUUAUCGAUCUCCCUCUCCUCUUUCUGCUCUCUUCCAUUACUUUUGGACGUAAGUCUUUUGACACAACAACGCAUCUCUUCUCUCUCCCCUUUUUCUCUCUCUACAUUUCUCUUUCCCUCCCUCGUUCUCUCUCUAUGUAUAAUUGUAUAUGUGAGUGUUUUAAAACCCAGUGAUUGUUCUCUUACUCUCCCAAACUUGCCGAAUCUGUCUCUGCAAUAUGUUAUCUCUAAACUAUACUACAGUUUCACUCUCUUGUGCUUCUGCUUUUCCCCUCUUUUCUACAUGAUAUUCUCUCUCUCUAUUUUGCCUGAGUCUUUUUUUCUUUUUUUUUUUUUUUUGGCCUUUUCCCUUUGUGACCUUUAGAAUUUUUUUUCUUUUACUCAAAAGCCCAGCUUGUAAUUAUUAGGGCUAGGUUUGUCGGGGUUUCUUCUCUUUUUGUAUUUUAGGGCAAAUUGUGGAAUAAAUUCUCCAUUUUGUUUGGGGGUGA